AUGGCGAGUCAAACGGAAUCAGAGGAGCAGAUGAACACUCUCUACGAAGAAUGUUGCAAACAGCUCCGUACCGGGCUGAAACUCGAAGAACUCUACCAGACAGAGGUUAAGCGACUCGAACGAACGAGCGAAGUAUGCAACGGUCAAAAGGAAAAAACCACUGCGGUUCUGAACAACAAACUGCGCGAUACCAUCUAUGAGCACCUUCUACCUCAUUCUGUCACAGUAUUCAAGAGGUUGACUGCCAUGGACUUUGAUGGCCAGGUUUGCCAGGUUUGCGUCGAGCGUAAUGGCUUUGUGGGAUUCUCCACUAUGAUCCCGUUGCAUCUCCACGAGACCGAAUAUAGACCCCAAGUUUUCUACCGAGAGAUACUAGAAAGACUUUUCCAAACGACUACGUUCGAUCUUGGGGACGACUUGAGCCUCAUAGCGGCGCUUGGGUCAUGGGAUGGAGGACUCAGCAUCAUACCUGCUGAUUACCCCCUCGACAUUUCUUUCCUUCUCAAAUUUGAUUGGUUAGACCUUCGGUGCAAACACGAUCCCUGGUUCGUUUAUGACACGCAAUUAUGGCCCAAAGUCUUUCUCACUAGACUAGAGGGAUUGUUCAGCUUCAAGCCUGGCACGAAGAUCACAGUCUGUAUCCAGCAAGACAACGUCUGGCAACCGAUCGCACAAGAGGUUAACGAAUUGGAAUGUAAAGCCGUGGUUUCGAUCAUCUUGCCAACACUGCGAAGGCUCGCCGCCAUUGGUACGAAAACUAAGCUGAGUCUGGAUGGCGUUUGUGAACUGGAAAUCGACAAUGAUAAGGUAAUUCUGGAAGGUAUGGAGGACCCAUGGAAGAACGCGAGGAAUCAUUGA